AAGCAUUUCUAGGCAUUCCUUUAUCAGAAAUACUGAUAGGCCCUACACAGGUAGAGUUAUGGAUCUGUUUUAAAGAUUCACUAUGUUCUUAUGCUUAUGAGAAAAUUGAGAAAAUUAUAAAGACCAACAUUUCCCUCUUAAACAUUUCCCGAAUUAGCCUUAUCUACAAACAGAGGCCAGUGUUUCAAUAGGCUGCUGUCAUACGCUGCUAGACCUCUCGUUUGUGGUCAGCACUACGGUCAGCACAGGUGUCAGUGACAAAAGGACAAUGAAUACUGAAUCCGUUAACGACAACUAACUUUUAACAAGUAGRAGGCUGGCCUUCUGCCAGGAGGCGCCUCUGUGUCAUCAACAGCACUGUCUGAUAGAGGGAGACUUUUUAAAGCCCACGGAUCGCGGGCAGCAAGCGCAAAAAUAUAAGAGCGGACAUUAAAAUAAGAGUUCUCAUUAUAAAGCUUGUCAUCUACGGGAUGGAGCCCCCUGACUGCUCCGUGCAGAGCCCCGACCUCGUGUCGUUAGAAUUAACGGUGGAAAACGUCGAAAAAGCCCUCCAGCAACUGUACUAUGACCCAGACAUGGAGCAUAAGAAUGUGGCCCAGAAGUGGCUGACUCAGGCCCAGACCUCCCGUCAGGCCUGGCAGUUCUGCUGGCAUCUGCUCAGCCCAGACAAGCUUCCUGAGAUCCAGUUCUUUGGCGCCAGCACCCUUCACACCAAGAUCUCCUGUCACUGGGCCGACCUCCCCACAGACCAACACCAGACACUGAGGAUGCAGCUCCUUUCCCACAUCUCCCACUUCUCCUCUGGGCCAAAGAUGGUGCUGACCAGGCUGUGUGUGGCCCUGGCCUCCCUGGCCCUCCACACCAUUCCCCAGGGCUGGCCCCAGGCUGUGGCUGACAUGGUCAGGGUCUACCAGCCAGAGAAGGCCGGGGAUCAGGGCGGAAGUCAGGGUGGGGCUGGGGUUGGUGGAGGAGGUGGGGCAGAGGAGGAAGUGAACGCCCACGCACACUGCCUGGCCCUGCUGGAGCUCCUCACUGUGCUGCCAGAAGAGUUCCAGAGCUGCCGGCUGCCCCAGGCCCGUCGUGCCCAGCUGAGAGAGGCCCUGGCUGGGGAGUGGACGGCGGUAUGUCCCCUGCUGCGCCAGCUGCUCCAGAGACAGGAGGGCAACAGCCAGGUGAAGGAGCGGGUCCUACGGUGCUUGUCUAGCUGGGUGGGACUGGAUGUUCCUCUGCAUGGGGAGAGCGAGGGGCUGCUGCAGGACUGUUUUGCUGCUCUGUCAGACCCAGAGCUGUUUGACACUGCCGUGGAGACCAUAGUCAGCUCUAUAUCCCAACCUGACUGCCAGAGAUACACUGAUGCUCUGGUGAACUUGAUGCCCCUGGUGCUGGGUCUCCUUGACCAGCUGAAAGCCGCAGCGAGGGAUGGAGACAUGGAGACCUCCCAUGGCAUCUGUCGCAUCGCUGUCGCUCUGGGGGAAACACACUCCAGGACUCUUCUGGAACAGGUGGAACACUGGCAGGGAUACCUGGCCCUAGUCAACAUGAUCCUGUUCUGUACUGGCAUCCCCGGGCACUACCCAGUCAACGAGACCACCAGCUCCCUCACACUCACCUUCUGGUACACUCUGCAGGAUGACAUCCUGUCAUUUGAGGAGGACAAGCAGGUAGUCUACCUGCAGGUCUACAGACCAGUCUACUUCCAGCUGGUGGACGUCCUGCUCCACAAGGCCCACUUCCCCUCAGAGCAGGACUAUACUUCCUGGUCCUCAGAUGACAAGGAGCAGUUCAGGAUCUACAGAGUUGACAUAUCAGACACUCUGAUGUAUGUGUACGAGAUCCUGGGGGCGGCGCUUCUCAGUAACCUCUAUGAUAGACUGGGCCGACUGCUGAUGGACACGGAGAGACCGGCAGCAUGGCAGGACACUGAGGCCCUUCUCUUUGGCUUCCAGGCUAUAGCAGAGACCAUAGACGUCAACUACUCUGAUGUCAUCCCAGGCCUCAUCGGUCUGAUCCCACGGAUCAGUAUAAGCAACAUUCAGCUAGCUGACACCGUCAUGUACACUAUAGGUUCUCUAGCGGAGUGGCUGGCGGACCAUCCGAUGAUGUUAGGCAAUGUAUUACCCAUGGUGCUCCAGGGCUUGGUGAAGGCUGAGCUGUCCGUGUCCAGCGUGUCCACUCUGAAGAGAAUCUGCAGAGAGUGUCGUCACGACCUCGCCCCUUACACCCAUGACAUCAUGACCGUGUCACAGGACGUACUGGUCAAAGAUAUCCACAAGAGCAGCCAGUGUAUGUGGCUGAUGCAGGGCCUGGGCUUCCUACUCUCUGCCUUGCCAAUGGAGGAGAUCCUGGGCAGCCUGACCACCCUCAUCACCCCCCACAUCCAGAGGCUAGACACCCUGGCACACCAGGAGCCCAGCCCCACUGCCAAGCUGUCUAUCAUCCACAUCCUGGGUAUGCUGUCCAGUCUGUUCACUACGCUGGACAUCAGCAGGCAGGACGAGGGGUCAGAGGGCACCACCCCAGCUCAGGCCAGGCCCAACCCAGUGCUGGUGGUCUUACAGCAGGUCUUCACAUUGAUCCAGACCAUCCUCAGCAAGUGGCUCAGUGACUCAGAAGUGGUGGAGGCAGUGUGUGGGGUGUUUGAGAGGUCCGUAAAGACCCUCCUCAAUGAUUUUGCUCCCAUGGUGCAACAGCUCAGUGAGAUGCUGGGACAGAUCUACAGCGCCUUCCCACAAGCCUCUGCUCUCGACCUCACACGCCAGAUGGUCCACAUAUUUGCAGGUGAAAAAGAUCAUUUCAGCCCCAUCCAGGCCCUUAUUGAGCUGGUCACAUCCACCACCCUCUCUAUCUUCCAGCAAGGCCCAAGGGAACAUCCUGAUAUUGUUGAGUCAUUCAUGCAACUCCAUGCCCAGGCCCUCAAAAGGAAGCCUGACCUCUACCUGUCUGACCAUCAAGAUGUAAAGGCUCUAUUCUACUGCGGGGUCCUGUCACUGAAGUUCCCGGAGACGCCUACAGCGAAGUCAGCCUGUAUGUUCUUUAUGGAGUUGGUCUGUCAUUGUGGAGACAUCCCUCCUAUUGGUCAGGUGCUACAGAGGGACGGGAAGCUUCUCGUACACACCAUCCUGGAGAUGGUUGGAAGUCAGUCUUUCUGCUGUCUGACGGAGCACUUCUCGGAGGUGCUUUUCUGUCUGAACAGACAUUGCCCUGUGCUGCUGGCCCAGUGGCUGAAGGAAGGACUACAUGUCCCAGGGUUCCCCUCUGCCCAGGUCUCCAUGGAGCAGAAGGACACCUUCAGCCAGCAACUCCUCAGGGAACAGACAAACAAGCGGCGUGUUAAGGAGAUCGUGAAGGAGUUCUCGCUGUCGUGUCGAGGUCUGCAGGGCACUACUGGCUACUCUGCAGAUUACUAGUGUGGCUGCAGUACUCGCCUUGUCUGAACCAAGACCUCCUGAGACCCAGAGGAUUGGAGUCUCCCGACAAGGACUUUGUGUGAAUUGGAUCAACUUUAUGCUGGCGGUGCAAUCACAUGGCUGCAGUAGUGUGUAUUCUGUGAGGGGGUUGACGUUCCAAGGUAAAACUGUCCCUGUGCUAAUGUCAUGGGAUGUUACUAUUGUUAUAGCCAUGUGAAGAAAGGCAUCAUGGUUUCUUCAGAAAAGUGAUUAACAGUUGUUUGUCUGAUCAAGUUAUAUCCUGCUCUGGACUCUAUGGCGUAGGCAGAACAGAGGGAAGAAAACUCUAAUCCGGCCCAAAGAGAGCAGUGACAACAUUGGGUUGUGGUGGGUGAUGUGCGUGAUACAAACCGACUGUUUUGAAGGAUGAUACUAUGCAAUAUAUAUUUUUUAAAGCCAAUUUUCAACCAAGUAUUUAGUGGGAUCUGAGAGUUAUGAUCAUGUUAUAAGCAUGUUAUGAUUGUGUUAUAAGAAAGUUGAAGGGAUGUUUAGAAAGAAAAUAAUAAACAGAUCUGAGUCUCUGCAGCUGCUCGGGCAGGCUGACUGUA